AUUUUUGAGUUUUCACCAUAAAAUCCUUGAUUGUGUUUGCGUUCUAAUUAAUGCACACCACCAAUAUAUUGUACACGUGCGGAAGUAUGCUCGUCUUGUCUCUUCACAGAGCUCAUCAGCUCGGAAGAAUAAGACCUUAUCGCACUCUGAUAGCUUUAUCUUCAGCCCCUCGGGUUCCUUGUAAUAGUUCCGGCGCCACUGGACACCAGAGACUAUUACACUUGUCUUCGGGUCGUUUCUCCUCUGAAGCAGUUGGGGGUAAUCCCGCCUCGACCUCAGUACUAUCAUCAGUAGCUCACGCUGACGGGAUAACAGAGACUUCUGCUAGAGCAAAAUGGGCAGCAGAUGCCAGCAGUAUAGAGGAACCUCUGACCACGCCCAUUGACAUAGCAGGAACUCUUCCCCCUCAAGGGGAGCUAGCCAGUAUAGGCCUGGGUGGGUAUACCCCAGUGGGACUCGUUCAAAACUGUCUCGACUGGAUACAUUUGAACACCGGGCUCCCCUGGUGGGCCUCUAUCGUCGUUGGUACUGUUAUUCUAAGAAGCCUUAUGUUGCCACUGGUCAUCAAGCUACAAGUGAAUGCAGCUAGGUUGAAUCAGAUAAGACCUGAAACUGACGUUAUAAUGGCCAGGAUGAAGGAAUACCAGCAGAUGGGUAACACGAUACUCGCUGCUCAGGAGAACGCACGACUCUUGAUGCUCUAUCGGAAGCACAACUGUAACCCUGUAAAGAUGAUGAUCAUGCCUUUUCUACAGUUUCCCGUCUUUAUUUCGUUCUUUAUUGCUUUGCGUCGAAUGGCACAAGCUCCUAUAGAAUCCAUGAAAGAUGGCGGAUUGUUUUGGUUCACUGAUCUAACUCUCCCUGAUCCUUACUAUAUACUGCCAAUAACCUCUUCUUUAUUGUUCAUGGCUAAUAUUGAGUUAGGAGGUGAGGCAGGUGUCACUAAUCCUCAGAUGGAGAAGAUGAAGUUGUUCUUCAGGGUAAUGGCUGUUGCUUUGGUGCCAUUAACUGCCACCUUUCCAACUGCUUUAUUCAUGUAUUGGAUAACAGCCUCCUUUUACUCAAUGGGGCAGAUAUUAGUCCUUAAAGUCCCUGCUGUUCGUACAAGACUGGGCAUACCCACCAUUGUCAAUGAUCCAUCUGCUACAGACAACUCUUUAUUCAAGACAGAGGAUAAAACUAGUACAAGUAGUCAAAAGAAAAAGCCUUCUGAAGGAAUGGUGUCUUCCAUUAGAAAAAGUAUGAAGCAGUCCUCACUGAUUGCUGAAGCAAAGCAAAAGACUCAUGUAGCAAAGAAGAAAUACAACAAGCAACUGAAGGACAAGAACCCAAAACUGUAUGACAAGCCACCUCAUUUAAGAUGAACAGCAAUGACUGUGUCCAUUAAUUGUGUACUUUAUGUUUUACACUGUUGUCUAAUUAUUUAAGAGAUGAGAUGGUACUAUACUGUAGCUAAA